AUGCUCUCCAUUCUACGAGAUGAUGCGACGUCUACGUUUGUUGGCCUGAUCGGUGCCUCCGUGCUCAAGUAUGGAUUUACAACAUGGCUAGCUUCAGGUAAACCCAGAGUCUACGAGAAGGUCGGGAAAGUGUCUAGUCUACAUCUUUACCCGGUGAAAUCAUGUCGAGGACUGGACAUCGAAACGGCCGAAUGUACAGCAAUAGGAUUGCGUCAGUUUGGAGUCACAGACAGACACUGGAUUCUAAGCUCUAAAGUCAACAACUGGAUUAACGCAAACAUGGAGCCAAAACUUACCUUAGUGACUGUGAAGUUGCACGAAGACAUGGUGGAAAUGACGGCCCCAGGGAUGGAACCUCUUCUGGUUCCCUUGAACCCGAAACUCGACCAGACAUGUGUCCGACGUAUCGGUACUGGUCCGUUAGCCGUAGACACGCUGGAUUGCGGUGACGAAGCUGCGGAUUGGUUCACCAAACACACAGGACGGAAAGGAGUCAGACUCAACUACUCUCACCCAGAUAUGUCAAAACGGGAAUCCAUCAAUUUCAAAUAUCCAUGGGAACAUAAUGCGCUACCCGGAGACAGGAUGGCUUUUUCAUAUUACUGUGCCUUCAUGAUGAUGACCAAAGAAAGUCUUAACGCUCUGAACGCGGAACUGGAGACACCUGCGAAUGUAAACAACUUUCGGCCAAACAUCAUGAUGGAGGGAUCGCCAGCUUUCGAGGAGGAUAAUUGGGAUGCAGUGAAGAUAGGUACAACCUCCUUCAGGAUGAUAGACAUGUGUUCCAGAUGUAACCAGAUCAAUAUUGUACAAGAGGAGGGCAAACGCUCUAAGGACAAGGAACCAUUUUCUACAUUAAGGCGGAUCCGGAGUUUCCCGAAGUAUGGUGGUAAGCCCUGUAUUGGUAUCUACCUGGCACCAGAUGUGGAAGGGACCGUCAGUGUCGGUGACGAUGUUUAUGCUAUCCGGAAGUAG